AUGUGGAAGGGGCUGGACGAGGCGGCCCAGAAGACCUGGAACGAUAAGGCGUGUCAAGACGAGGCGGACUCGGCGCCGCCGCCGGCCAAGAGCCAGAAAGGCGCCGCCGACGCCUCGCCCUCGCCGACGGCGGCGCCGGAGGCAUCGCCAGCGACGCCGAAGUGGUCCCAGGCUGAGGUCAACGCGAUGACCGUCCCGAGGCUCAAGGCCGCGCUCACGGAGCUCGGAUGCGAGACCUCCGGGCUCAAGGCCGUCCUGAAGGCGCGCCUCGUCGAGAAGCUCGGGCUCUAA